AUGAAAGAUCCUGGAAACUUUCAAAUCCCAUGCAUCAUAAGAGACAUUAGCAUCGAGAAAGCAUUGUGUGAUUUGGGUGCUAGCAUCAACCUUAUGUCCUUGGCCAUGAUGAAGAGAAUGAGAAUUGAAAAGGCCAAGCCAACAAGAAUGUCACUUCAACUAGCAGACAGUACAUUCAAGUUCCCCCAUGGAGUAGUGGAGGACUUGUUAGUUAAGGUGGGUGACUUCAUCUUCCCAGCAGAUUUUAUAGUACUUGACAUGGAAGAAGAGGCCAAUGCAUCAAUCAUACUAGGGAGACCAUUUUUGGCAAUAACUGGAGCGAUAAUUGAUGUACAAAAGGGAGAAUUAGUCCUCAGGCUUCAUGAAGAAAAGAUGGUGUUCAAUGUUUUUACUACUAUGAGCUAUCCCAAAGAGUCCAUUGGAGAGUAUAUGAUGGUAGACACAAUGGAGACACUGGUCCAAGGAGUUCGAGAAGAAGACAAACUUGAAGAUGAAAUGAAGCAAAGGAAACCAGCAUCAUGCAGUGAAUUACCACAAGAAAGCAUAGACAGUACAAUCAUGUUAGACAAGACAAGCAAGGAGAAAGAACAAGCACCCAAGCUGGAACUAAAAACCCUACCUCCAAGCUUGAAGUAUGCUUACUUGGGGAACAAUGACACUUAUCCAGUAAUAAUCAAUUCAACCUUGAGCAAGGAACAAGAGGAGGAGCUCAUUAAGGUGUUGAAACAACACAAGGAUGCCAUUGGGUAG